UAUAAAGAGAUGUCUAAUUAAGUUAAUUUUGGAGAGGGAAAAAUUAAUGAGAAUUAUCCUUCAGCUAUAAAGACAAUGUUGGAAUAGGGUAAAGAUCCAAAAGAAUUGCUAAUUUAAUAUUGUAGGCCUUAAUGUAAAUGGUAUGAUGACAAAUAUGACAGAUGUGUUAAAGCUUUUUUGUCUUUGAAAAAUGCAGAUCCUGAAAAGAAUUGUGUACAAUAUUGAAUAAUAAUUGUGAAAUAGAUGUAUCCCUAUAGAGAUUUGGUGACUUGUGUUGAAGCUUGUGUUUAACCAAAAAUUUAACAUGCUCUUAGAGGAAAUGAAAAUGGAUUCAUAUUUCAUUGAAAUUAGAUGAGCUAAUAUAUAUAUAUACAGAUUAAAAUUACCC